GCCCCCCGACCCCGUUAUGUUAAGUAGCAGGCGGCCUGCUUUCUGUCCGCCACUCUGGCCUCCUUGGGUUUCAAGUCCAAACAUGGUGAUCCUUGUGGGACGCUAGGAUGCCCCCUCCCCCUCAGCAGAGAGAGAGAGAAGGGGACACAUGAUGAGCGCAGAGUCCUUGUCCGGCUGCCCUUUCUCCACGCUCUUAAGGUCUCCCAGCUUGAUGGAGCGACCCUAGCAGAACUUCGCUACAAGUACUUCACCUGGUUCUGCCACCAUGAGCAAGGAGGACUGGACCCUGCUGGACCACCUGUUCUGUGCACCCGUCUGUGACGGCUGGAGCAACAGGACGGAGGGGGCCUUCUACCAGUUGGGCCACAGCAUGCUGUUCCUGGGCUACAUGGGGGGGAGCGGGGCGUACGGCUGCCUCUUCCUCUUCGGCUUCCUGACCCCCUCCUACGUGUGCCUGACCCUGUGGGGCUGCCUGAGCGUCUGCGGCCUGGACGUCACCGCCUGGAACCUGCUCCUGCUGCUGGCCUGCCUGGGCCAGAUCUGCCACCUCCUGUGCCGCCUGCACCAGGAGGGCCUCCGCGGCGAGGAGCUGAGCGCCCUCUACCGGGCCGUCUACCUGCCGCUGGGCGUGCCUGUCCAGGUCUUCAAGGAGAUCGCGGGCGCCUUCGAGAACAGGGUGCUGGAGCUGAAGGCUGGGGAGAAGUACGCUGUGGAAGGCAAGACGCCCAUCGACCAGCUCUCCUUUCUGCUGUCUGGCAGGGUCAACGUGUCGCUGGAGGGUCAGUUCCUGCACUACAUCCACCCACACCAGUUCCUGGACUCCCCCGAGUGGGAGUCUCUGAGGCCCAACGAGGACGGAAAGUUCCAGGUCACGCUGACCGCCGAGGAGGACUCGCGCUACAUCUCCUGGCGGCGUCGCCGCCUGUUCUCGCUGCUGUCCAAGGAGCGCUACGUCGCCCGUCUCUUCUCCGUCAUGCUGGGCUUGGACAUCGCAGAGAAGCUCUACAACCUCAAUAACAAGCUCUACGUCAAGAGCGGCGUGCUCCUGGACAUCCGCCUGCCCAGCCUCUACCACGUGUUGGCGCCCUCGUCGCAGAGCAGCGAGGGGGGGAGCGCCAACGACGGCGGCCCCCGUAAGGAGCAUCAGUGGGACGCGCCGGAACUCCAGCUGUCGGAUCUAGACCGACCUCACCCGUCUCAACCACGGCAACAGAAGACCCCGUCGGACGGAACCCCGCAGCGUGACCACGACCAGAACCGCUGGGUGUCGGACCCCGAGCUGCCCUCCGGUGAGGACUCUACCAGCCUGGUCCUGGAGGACUUUGCUGAUGUGGCGGGCUCCUUGAUGGACUAUGGCAGUGAGAGGGAUUAUUUGAGGUAGUGGGGCAGGGUUCCGGAGCUAACACACUGGGUCACCGCUUAAGCUACAUGUGGCGACGGCCUCACGACUCCAGUGGCCCGCUUCCAGAGGAACGUCAGGGCGCCGCUGGCGCCGACCGACACGCCCAAAUUGUGACGACUCAGCACACCAAGGUUUUUUUCCAUCCCUGUCUCUUUUUUCUCACAAUUUUUUUGGAUUGAUUGAGACUUUUAUUAGUAGAUUGCACAGUUCAGUACAUAUUCCGUACAAUUGACCACUAAAUGGUAACACCCCAAUAAGUUUUUCAACUUGUUUAAGUCGGGGUCCACGUUAAUCAAUUCAUGGUAAACUUCAACAUUUGGACCACUAUUUAUUAUUAUUUUUUUGGUUGGCUUUUCAGUGGUGUCACUUUUUAUUCCACACAUUUCUACGUCAGGGGGCCAACUUUUUUCCAUAAAGCUUUUCCUGUGCAGUCGAACCCGCCUACUUCCUGUCACAUUACCACGCUGAUUGAUUGAUUGAGACUUUUAUUAGUAGAUUGUACAGAGAAUUGACCACUAAAUGGUAACACCCCAAUAAGUUUCUCAACUUGUUUAAGUCGGGGUCCAUGUUAAUCAAUUCAUGGUACCAUAAAAACACAAUCAACUUCCUACUUUGGCAUUAAAGUUUGUUCACUUCCUGUG